AUGCCUAUUAUUAAAAACAAGGAGGGAAAAUGGCAGACGGUUGCUGAGUUUCUAGAUCUGACACUUCUCAAAGAUCUAAUAUUUGAUAAUAUUGUAUUUGGAAUGGCGCUCGCAUUUUUUGCAGACUUAACAUUCUUUACAUUAGAACCACUUUUUUUGGAUAAAAACAGUCUGUCUAAGACAGAAAUAGCAAAUAUUAUUGCAGUAGGAGGUGCUACUGAUAUGCUGGCCAGGUUGCUCCUCGGGGUAUCAGGACAAUUUUUUAGAAUGAAUAGUCGAUAUAUGUUCUAUUCUGGUGCCUUAUUCUCAGCUUUAUUUAGGCUAGUUCUAGUCAACUAUACAACAUACACUCCGCUGUUAAUAUUAACUGGAAUAUUGGGUGCACUACGGUCACUGGUUCACAUAGCUCAACCAAUAGUUAUGGCAGAGCACGUCCCCAUCGAGCGGUAUCCUCCGGCAUAUGGACUAUACAUGUUACUGGCUGGCGGUAUCAGCUUGAGCGUCGGACCAAUGAUUGGUUUUAUCCGAGAUUAUACCGGGAGCUAUCGAGUUGCCUUCAUAAUGUUAGCGAUAUGCAACUUCUGUUGUGUCGUGCCAUGGACCAUUGAAGGUGUAAUACGGUUUUUGAAGAGAAGAAAGACAUUACAAGCGACUAAUCGGUAG